CGGGCUGUCCCGCCGCCCGGCCGGCUGUUGACAAGCGGCGGCGGGAGACAGCGCGCUCGUCCCCAUGUGGCGGACGCUGGCCCUCGCCUCCGCCUUCUUCCCGGGGCUCUUCAUCCUCUGCAUCCGGUUGCUGCGAUGGGCCGCCCCGGGAUGGAGCCUCAAGGACCGCAUCCUCCUCAGCGGCAGGCUGGUGUCAACGGUCCAAGCCACGAUGGCAACGGUGUCAGGGAUCACGGUUGUCCUCAGCUGCAAGAACGUGGUGCAUGACAGGCACUGGCUGGCUGUGGAGUACAUCUGGGUCCUGGUUCCCUACAUGACCUAUGACAUCUAUGUCAUGUACCUCUGCCACUGGCACAAGAGCCAGGAGAAGGGGAUCCUGGAGAAGAAGCACUCACUGGCCAGCGUGUGGAGCUUCCUGCUGCAGGAGAGGCUGAUGGUGACCCACCACCUCUUCAUCCUCAUCGUGCUCACCCCCAUCACCCAGCACUUCAGGGGAGAGCUGGGGGACUUCUUCGUGGGCUGCAUCUUCACAGCAGAGCUGAGCACGCCUUUUGUAUCCCUGGGCAAAAUCCUCAUGCAGCUCAAUAUGCAGGACACGCUCCUGCACAAGGUGAACGGGAUCCUCGUCCUGGUGACCUUCUUCCUGUGCCGCAUCCUCCUCUUCCCCUUCAUGUACGCGGCCUACGCCCGCCAGGUGGGGAUCCCGCUUUACCUGGUGCCGUUCCGCAUCCCCCUGCACUGCAACAUCGCCAACGCCUCGCUCAUCGCCCCCCAGCUCUACUGGUUCAGGCUCAUCUGCCGCAAGGCCGCCCGGCUCUACGGCAGCUCUCCCGCCCACCGGAGCAGAUAACGGAGCUGAGAACGGCCCGGGGCUGGCACAGGGGCAGCCCCGGCUCUUCCCCCGGGGAGCAGCGGUUCCGCCGGGCUGCUGGAGCUGGAAGCAGCCUCCGCUCUCCAGCGCCGAGCAGGCAGCACCAGCCUGGGCUAGGAGGGCUUUCCUCCCACGCCGCUCCAGUGCCUCGUGUGCCGGCCUGGAAGCACGACAUUCCUUCUGGGAUCCAGCUCUGCCGACCCGAGGGUUACACGAGAGGGGUUUGUUCUUGUUCCAGCCCCCCCCGGCGCUGACAUCGGACACCGGCGUGCAAGG